CUGGCGGUGUGUGCCCCGCAGUGCCACGGGGCGGCCCGCGGCGGCGCGGGACGCGGCAGAGCGGGUGGCCAUGGGGAAGCUGGUGACGCUGGCUGUCGUCGGGAUAGUGGCAGCCUUUACGGUGGAGCGGCUGGUGACCCUUUGGAACAGGAGCUAUGCUUCACGGGAAAUAGACCCACUACCCCUCCCGAACUGCCAGCUCAUUAAAGGGAUCGAAAGUGGUUCAGAAGACAUUGACAUACUUCCCAACGGACUGGCGUUCAUCAGCUCAGGCUUGAAAUACCCAGGACUAAAGAAGAGCUUUCUACCAGACAAGCCAGGUGAAAUAUUUUUGAUGGAUUUGAAUGAAGACAAUCCCAAAGCGGUAGAACUGAGAUUCAGCCGAGGGUUUGAUGUGACAUCCUUUAACCCUCAUGGAAUCAGCACCUAUGUAGACAAAGAUGACACCGUGUACCUCUUUGUUGUGAACCAUCCCCAUCAGCAGAACACAGUAGAAUUGUUUAAAUUUGUAGAAGAUGACAGAUCUCUUGUGCACUUGAAAACCGUUCGACAUGACCUUCUGACAAGCGCGAAUGAUGUGAUAGCUGUGGGACCAGACAGCUUCUAUGUUACCAAUGACCACUACUUCUUUGACUUCAUCUUUAUGUUCUUGGAGAUGUUCUUGGGUUUAACUUGGUCAAAUGUUGUUUACUACAGUCCUAAAGAAGUGAAAGAAGUAGCAGCUGGGUUUUAUUCAGCCAAUGGAAUUAACAUUUCACCUGACAGAAAGUACAUCUACAUUGCAGAUGUAGGUGAUCAUAACAUCCAUGUUAUGGAAAAACAUGCAAAUUGGAGUUUAACCCAUGUGAAGACGCUGCAGCUGGACACUCUGGCCGAUAAUUUGUCUGUUGACCCGUCCACUGGCGAUGUCUGGGCAGGAUGUCAUCCCAAUGGGUUCAAGCUCUUCCACUACGAUCUUGAGAAUCCGCCUGGUUCUGAGGUCCUCCGCAUCCGGAACAUCCUCUCGGAGGAGCCUGAGGUGACACGCAUCUACGCCGAUGAUGGCUCCGUGCUGCAGGGAAGCACCGUGGCAUCCAUCUACAAGGGAAAACUGCUCAUUGGCACAGUCAUCCACAGAGCUCUCUACUGUGAGCUAUAGCUCGCCCCAAAGCUCAAUAUAUUCACAACCUGGCAACACCACAGCAAUGGGCAGAACUAGAGCUUACAGAACUGGCCUGCCACUGUAACCAGCGAGGAGUUAACUUCCUGUGCUCACCUGGGUGUAAAAGAUGACACAGACACACAUGGAAACACCACAGCUCCUGCACAGCAGCUUAAAGGUGGCCAGGCAAGCCAGCAUACUCAAAAUUGCUUUAGCUCCACAAAUAAAUACACAAAAGUAGGCAACAGUUACAUUUGCAGGUGAGCCAAAAGAGAAAGUCUUUCCAGUCAUUUAGUAUGGAAUAUUUGUUUCUUCUUAUUACAUCGAAACCCCGCAUUAGUCUGACUUAACAGUGGUUUACCAAAAGUUGAAGUUAAGAAUGAUGAGACAUCCACAUAUUUUGUUUCAUAUAUGUCAUUACACAAUACAAAGGGGAAAAAUGCAACACAACUUUAAAGGUCCUACAGAACAGUAACAAGAGUUUCAAAGUGAGCUUUGCAUCUGUUAUCCAGUGACACUUCUGCACAUCCCAACAAUGAGUUACAAUACUUAAUAAAAGGAACCACAUGAAUCUCUUUUAUCACAGAAAGAAUAGCAAAACUCCUGACACUGCUUGGCUUGCUUAGUUUAUGUGUUGGUCCAAAUGCAUUUUAUGGUUUUAUUUUAAAUUUAAGCCACUAGGGUUUGGGUUUUUUUAAGUUAGUUAGGUUUUUGUUGUUUGGGGUUUUUUUUAAGUCUGAGAAUAAUCAAAUAAAAUUACCACAACACAGUUAAAACCCCCUGAAUACUUAAAGGACUUAAGUCAAAUUACUUAUUCUGCAGAGGAAGAACAUGAUUUACAAAGAGAUUAAGUAGGCGCUGUUCUAAGCAUCAAGAAUGAAAACUGAAUAUAUAAUGCCAGGCAGUCUGCUCAGGUUUCUAAGAAAACAAAGAACAUAAACCAGGGUCACCAUCUUAGAUUACUAUACAUGACCACUUAAACGUUACAACAAUGUAAACAUAAUUUACAAAGAAAAUCACCAUUGAAUGCAUUUAUCAACAUUGUACUUAAAAUAUUAGAUUUCCAGUUUCUUCCAGAUAAGUUCUCUUACUCAAAUAUAAAUUGAUAACCUCCUAAAAUAACAGAAUGCUAGUUUUACAAGGCUAUUAAAUAGUUGUAUUAUUUUUCUCCUACAGAGUGCAGAGAUUCAUUGCAAUGUGAAAUUCUUGUUAGCAGGGAUACUUUUUUGCUGGCGCUCUAUCUCAAGAAAAAUAUCAUAAGCCUUAGAAAUAUCAGGAAGUUAUCUUUUCUGGCAAUUUAAUUUUUAGAUCUGAAUAAAAUAUACAUCAGAAACUUGCAAAAAUUGGAUUUGGAAGAAAAAAUAAAGCUAAUGUUAAGUA